GGAAUCCGGAAUCAAGACUGAUCGUAAUCACACAUGGAUUAUGCUUUUUUCGCUGUUUUUUAUUUCUUCUCGCCUUAGUGGAAACUUUCUCAGCAGCUGUUUUCAAGUGGAUUGCUUUCUAGUGUCGGAGCCAUGAUUUGCUUGUUAAGAUGGACUGCUUUCCUUUGGACUGUAAACUCCAUCCCCUGCACUGUUGGAAUGGCAGUGAGUGAAUGGACAGAUGGCUCAUGCCCCCCUCUGAGUGUAGAAGAAUACAGGUUUUCUGAUGUUUUAGAUCGUCCGCUGGAAAUCACAGGAUUUGAUCUCACGGAGAAGUUCCUUCUCCGAAAGGGAACAGUCACAGAAGACCUGCCGUCGUUUCGUUUAGGAAGCGCUCCUCUCAUUAAGACAACAAAAUUAAUAUUUCCAAAUGGGAUUUCAAGUGAAUACUCCCUCAUCACCACGUUCCGAGUAAGAAGAACCACAAAAAAGGACCGCUGGUAUCUUUGGCAGAUAUUUGAUGAGUCGGGAGGCAGUCAGGUAUCUGUUGUGGUCGAUGGUGGCAAGAGGGCGGUGGAGUUUUCUUCCCAGGGCCUGCUAAAGAACACUCUCCGCUACACGUUUAAAAGCCGUGACCUACAUGCCCUCUUUGAUCGUCAGUGGCACAAGCUGAGCAUUUCUGUCCAGAGCAACAUAGUCUCCAUUUACAUGGACUGCAAGCUAAUAGAACGGAGGCUGACUGAUGAGAAGGACAGCAUUAGCCCCAGUGGGCGCACUCUCAUCACCACACGAGUGGAGGAUGGACGGCCUGUAGAUAUUGAACUGAAACAAUUUCUGAUCUACUGUGACCCUUAUAUGGCUGAAAUGGAAAACUGCUGUGAGCUACUGGAGCCAAAGUGUGAAGCCAAGAAGACCUUUAAUGGGACUUCCCCUCCCCUGGUUACAGCCCAGCUCCCCCAGAUGCUGUCUCAGCCGGCCUCACAGUCAAUUGACAGAUGUCACUGUCCAGCUGAAAAGGGAGAUGCUGGUCUUCCAGGUGAGGCUGGACUGCCAGGACAAAAGGGGGAUAAAGGAGACAAGGGGGACACGGGGGAGGCCGGGUCUCAAGGAAACCCAGGACACAAGGGGGAACUUGGAUCAGAAGGGCAAAAGGGAAUCGAUGGGGAGAAGGGUCUGAAAGGUGACCCAGGGCCAGUUGGUCCAGUUGGUCCUAAAGGAAACAAAGGGGAUGUGGGUCUGCCUGGAGCGCCGGGGCUGCCUGCUGACAAAGAGUGCCUCAAAGGAGACCAGGGCCCUCAAGGUGACAAAGGAGAGAAGGGAUCGGCUGGGGUGCCAGGUCAGCCAGGGGAACCAGGCAAAGAGGGCAAAAGGGGACGGAGAGGAAAGGCUGGGGAGCCUGGACCCAGAGGCCUGCCUGGUCCCUCAGGAACCUCUGAAGGAGCAAGUGUCAAGGGGGAGAGUGGAGAGUCUGGAGUCUCAGUGGAAAAAAGGGAGAAAGGAGAGAAAGGAGACCCUGGUCAGCCAGGUGCUGAGGGGGCCAGUGGGAUGAAAGGACAAAAAGGUGAUGUUGGGCCCCCUGGUCCUCCUGGUCCGGUGAUGACAGCUCAUGGAUUAAGACAGCUCUCUGGAACUGAUGAAAUGAAGGAGAGGACCCAAAAGGGAGAAAAGGGAGAUCAGGGGGAGAAUGGAGCUCAAGGGCCGCAAGGCUCCAAGGGAUACAUGGGACCGCCAGGACUUAAAGGAGAUCAAGGGCCAGAGGGGAAGCAAGGCCUGCCUGGACUCCCGGGACUCCCAGGCGAGCCAGGUUCACCGGGGGAGGGAGGGGUGCCUGGGAGAGAUGGCCUGAAAGGAGAAAAGGGGGACUCUGGUGGACUGAUGGGGCCACAGGGAGCUCCAGGUCCGAAGGGCGAGCCUGGAGAGCCUGGGGGUGGAUAUACGGGCGAUGGGUUGUCUCUAACUAGAGGGUCUCGCGGGCCCAAGGGAGAGAGAGGUAUCCCAGGAUUGCCAGGAGACCAUGGUGAAAAAGGCGAACCUGGAGACAGCGUCAUAGGCUCGCCUGGCCCCGUGGGACCGCCAGGAAGGCCAGGAAUUGAGGGCCCUCGCGGACCCCCAGGUUUAUCUGGUCCUCCUGGAGCUGCAGGAAGAGAGGGCUCCCCUGGUAGACCAGGCCCCCCGGGACCUGCUGGACCCCCAGGUGAACCAACUGCCCUGCCAAUUGUUGGAGACAUGGGUGCUUUACUUAAGAACGCCUGCAGUUUGUGCCAGACCAGAGUCCCAGGGCUUCCUGGGCAGAAAGGAGAGAAGGGGUCCCCCGGAGUGCAAGGAGUAGAGGGCCUGGUGGGAGAAAAGGGAGAUCCUGGUGUAAGAGGUCCUAUGGGUAACCCUGGGAAAGAAGGCCCAAAGGGAGUAAAAGGAGAGAGAGGGUUCCCAGGCCCCACGGGAGAUAAAGGUGAUGAGGGGCCUGCAGGAGUACCAGGACUUCCCGGUGUGACUGGUCGUACAGGGGCCUCGGGGCUUAUGGGUAGACCCGGACCAAUGGGCCAACAAGGAGGAAAAGGAGAAAAAGGAAAUGAAGGACCGCCGGGCAGACCAGGGCUUCCAGGACCUCCGGGUGUACCCUAUGUGGAGGGCAACGGGAUGAGCAGUCUAUACAAGCUACAGAGCGGUGGAGCUAUUUUAGGACCCCCUGGAGCUCCUGGUGCUCCGGGUCCCAAAGGAGAUGAUGGACCCUCAGGGGAACCAGGAGCCAUGGGAUUACCCGGGCUUGAGGGUCUACCUGGUGCCAAGGGUGAUAUUGGUUUGACUGGUCCUCCUGGAAUACCAGGUCCUCCAGGGAAGCCCGGCGCUCGUGGAGAGCCAGGGAUCCCAGGAGAGCCGGGUGAGAGGGGGCCCAUCGGUGAGACAGGAUUCCCGGGGCCCGAGGGACCCCAAGGUGUUCCUGGGAGACCAGGAAAAGAUGGAACUCCUGGAUACAUGGGAGCUACAGGUAGACCAGGGGACAGAGGAUCCAAAGGAGAGCGUGGUGAUCCGGGGAUUCCUGGAGAGAGAGGUGUUCAAGGCGAGAGGGGUCGCAUAGGAGAUCCUGGCCCUACUGGACCGAUCGGACCGGUCGGACAAAAGGGCGAUCCUGGCCCUCCGGGACAGCUGGGGAGCACAGACCUCUUGGGUGAUUCCGGCUUCAUGGAGGAGCUCAAAAUGUUCAUCCGAAAUGAAGUUCUGAGGGUCUUUCAAGAGAGGCUGUCGAGCGCUGCCAUGCUGCAGAAGACACCUGCGGGCAUCUUAGCUUCACAAUUCCAAGGGCCUCCAGGAACUCCUGGCAAGGAUGGAUUACCAGGCCCGCCAGGAGAGCCCGGACCUCCUGGCCCUCAAGGGUACAGGGGUCAGAAAGGAGAGCGAGGCCAGCUUGGUCUGGGGUUACCUGGAGAUCCAGGAGAAAUGGGGCCACCAGGCCCUCCUGGGAUCACUUCUCAGGGCCGUCCGGGCUCUCCGGGGCCCCGUGGCCCUCCUGGGACGUGUGACCCCAGUGACUGUCUCCUUCCAUCCUUAUGAGCCCGGCAGAGGGGUUCGAGGACAGACGUCCGGCUCAGAGCUCAGCGUGGCAGGAGGGGGGACGUCCUCGCUCUAUCUGACAGCUUCCUCGGCUCUGGUUUGUCGGACAGACUCACAACUGACCUCUUUUUGUUCGCUUUACAAUAACAUCUGAAUGCAGUCGGGGGCUUUGUCGUCGGUGGUGUCAGGUUUAUUUUGCAAUGCUGUACCUUUAAGUUCUUUUCUUCUGUUUUCACAUCCCCUACUGUGAUGUAAUGCAUUCCUCAUCAACUCUCAUUAUGUCUUUCAAGACCAUGAAAUGACUUUGUUUCAUCAAGUUCAGUCCUGUCCGAUAACAUGAUCUUAAUUAUUUGUUUGCCUCCUUAAUGGGCAUGCCGGUUCACUCUUCUGUUCUUAUUCAGAUAAGCCAGUGUGCUGGCAGAAGGUACAUCUCAUGUUUGUGUGUGUGUGAGAGAGAGAGAGAGAGAGAGGGAGAUUAACUGAAUGAAUACACUUGUUUUAUGUGUAGGUAUAAAAAAAAUGAUUUUUGAAACUCCUUAUGCAACCAAAGAGCAGCAGAUGUGUCUGAUAUGGGAAUUAUUUAUUUUUAAACGUGUUCUUCAAGAAUGUAUUUAAAAGAUGGUUCUUAUAAUUAUAGUAAACAUGGCUUGGAUAUUUAGUAAUAUUAUUACCAGAGGGUGGAUUAAUACACUUCUGGAUCACUGAGAGUUUUCUUUCAUGAAAUUAGCACUCAUGACACACUUGCAUUGUGCAUGAUAAUCACUUUUUUUCAAAGAAUCUGCAGUGUAAUCACUGAUAAAUGUGUCUUCCCAUCUUCUGUAGGUUACGCGUCGUAGUGAGCGCUCAUCAGUGAGGUCUGCCGUAUCUUUUCUAAUACUAAGAAUGUACAGCUCAUAUAGUUUGCAGAAGACACGUAUAUCAAGGGCAGAUUUAUUUUUUUCCAUGGGAAAAAAGAAUGUACUUUACCUUUACUGUUUGUUGAAUCUGUAAAUAAGCUGAACAGCGAUU